GCGAGCUCGACACUCGCGAAAAGCUGACCGCAGCCGAAGGUUACAACACUUGGCUACGUCGGCUCGAGAAAGAGUUGGGAAAAAAGUUUUGAUCAAACAGAAAAGAUUUUUCCGCGAUUCGAUUUCGAAAUAAUAAGAAUAAAGUAUAAAAAUGCGGGAGUGGAGCGGGACGAGUCUCGUCCUGUUGCUGGUGAUCGGUUGUGCGAUUAUUCGGGACAAUGCCGCCCAGGAGCAGUACGACAUGCAGCGAUCGCGCGAAUCCGUCGCCGAGGCCUCGGCGAGGCUGUACAAUCCGGGCGGCUACAACACCUACGAGGACAAUUAUCCCAGAUACGACUCGAAAGAUCCCGAGGCGUAUCGUUACGCGCCCAAGCCCCAGCACUACCCCUCGAACUACAACAUCAUGGAGUCGAGGCUGCGCGAGAUUCGCGCCGAGUUCAUGUACUGGUACUUCGACAAGGGCGGCGACAACAACUACGGCGAUUACCAGACGGACAUACACAACUCCAUGCCGCAGCUCCACAAGAACUUCAACUUCCAGCUGCCGUUCUUCGGCUUCCGCUUCAAUUACACGAGACUAUCGAUGAACGGCUUCCUGGAAUUCAGCGACCCGCCCGAGCACUACACGUAUCCGCUGAAUUUCCCGAUCUCCGACUGGCCGAAAUCCAACGACCCGUCGUUCAUCGGGCCCUUCUUCAGCAAGUGUCGCAUCGGUAACGUCAAGCCCACCGACUCGGACCAACGCAAGCCCGGCGUCUACUUCCGCAUGGAGCGCGAUCUGCAAAAGCGCACCGAUCAGUUCGGCGUGGAGAUGCGCGAGCGCCUCAUGUGGGACAUACGCGAGGGCGUCGUCGGGGCCGACUCGUUCGAGCCCAAGCACGCGGUCAUCGUCACCUGGAAGAACAUGUCGUUCGCCGGCGGCAUCGACGUCUCGCUCUACAAGACCAACACGUUCCAGCUGGUGCUGGCCACCGACGAGGUCUACACCUACGCCAUGUUCAACUACCUCAAUCUGCAGUGGUCGUCGCACACCGAGGCGGGCGGCGACACCACCGGUGGAGAGGGUGGCACGCCCGCCUACGUGGGCUUCAACGCCGGCAACGGCACGGGCGCCUACUCCUACUAUCCGUACUCGCAGCAGAUGACGAUUCGCGAUCUGCCGAGUCGCGGCUGGGCCAACGGCUUCCCCGGCAGGCACAUCUUCCGCAUAGAUGAGAAGAUCAUGUUGGGCAACUGCAACAAGGAUAUAUCCGGUACCGAUCUUCCUCUCGUCUUCGCCCCUGAAAGCGGCAACAUGUUGGGCGGCACCGUGGUAAACAUCACCGGGCCGUGCUUCCAGCCCAACGACAAGGUCAUCUGCCGUUUCGAGACCGAGGAGGUCGUCGGGACCGUGGUGGACACGAGUCGCGCCAUCUGCAUACAGCCCUUCGUCAAGAUGGAGGGCUACAUCAGGCUCGCCGUGGCCAUCAACGAGGGCGGCUUCAACUGGAAGGGCCGAUACUUCGUCGAGACCCCCGCCACCGCCACUAAGAAGAUCUUCUUCGAGGACAAUCGCAUGGUGUUCGAGCGCGCCCCCGAGGAGAUCAAGAUCAGCUGGAACGCCUACAAUUUGACCAGCAAUUUGAACGCCCUCGUGCAGAUCUCGCUGUGGGGCUAUCGCGAGACCAUCAUCAGGCCCGAGCUCGAGUUCAUCGAUAUGAUCGAGGAUAGCACAGUCAAUAACGGACGAUACACGAUCACGCCUCAAAAUUUCAGAGAUCGCAUGAACGUGCGAAACAACGACAUGCAGUUCGGUUUUCUUCAAAUCAAUCUCACCAACCCCCACAAUUACAACGAUCUCGCUUUGACACCCGUCCUGUGGAGCGAGCCGAUCCCUCUGGCUUGGUACUUCAACCCCCAGUGGACGAGGAUGUACGGUCAGAACUGGCCGAAGCGCCUCUGCGAUCAGUGGAUCGAGCGCGAUCGCUACCUCAAAAAUUUCGCCCACGAAGUGUCUCUCUGCCCGUGCACCCUCGAGCACGCCCUCAACGACAAGGGUCGCUUCCUGCCCGACCAGCACUGCGACAUGAACGUGGCGCCGUCCUGCAUCUACAACAAGGGCGCCAUUCACUGCGUCACAACGGGCUCGCCAAAUAACGAGGGUGCCGAGCAGCAGUGCUGCUACGACCGCAACCACAUGCUGAUGCUGUCCUACGAUCAAAAAUGGGGCUCUCGACCGCGGCGCUCGCACAAUCUCGGCCUGCUGCCCUGGAACGAGGCCAACAAGGUACCCACCCUGUCGCACUGGUACCACGACAUGACCGCGCUGCACACCUGCUGCUUCUGGCAGGAGGAGCAGUCCGUGGGCUGCGAGACCUAUCGCUUCGAGCUGCGUCCCUCCCAGGACUGCAUCGCCUAUCAGGCCCCGGCCGUCGCCACGGUCUUCGGCGAUCCGCACAUCGUCACCUUCGACGGCCUCGAGUACACGUUCAAUCGUCAGGGCGAGUUCGUGCUGGUCAAGGUCGACGACAACAAGCACAAGCUCGACAUACAGGGCAGAUUCAAGCAGGUGCCGGAGAACAUUUACGGGGAGGUGCGCGCCACCCAACUCACCGCCGUCGCAGCCCAGUGCAACAGCUCGCAGACCGUGGAGGUAAAGCUACGCCCGACCCACUCGCAGUGGCGCUACCAUCUCGACGUGAUGGUCGGCGGUCGCAAGGUCUACUUCGAUCGCCAGUCCCUCAAGUACCAGCACUUCGGCAACAUCGUCGUCUACACGCCGCCCUACAUCCUCAACCAGAGCGAGGUCGUGAUCAUGUUCGACACGGGGGCCGGUAUCGAGGUACUGGAGCGCAACGGCUUCAUGUCGGUGCGCGUCUAUCUGCCCUGGACCUACAUGAACAAGACGCGCGGCCUGCUCGGCAAUUGGAGCUACGACAUCCUCGACGACUUCACGAAUCCGGACGGCACCGUAGCCCCGGUCACGAUAUCGGGUGACAAGCAGGACCAGUUCCGGGAGGUCGACCUGAACUUCGCCAUGAAAUGGAUGGUGAGCCGCAAGUCCGACGAGAAGACCGGCCGGGGCGUGUCGCUGUUCCAGCCCGAGUACGGCCUCGACAGCGUCGGCUACAACGGCAACGGCACCUUCCAGCCCGAGUGGCGGAGAAACAUCAACGACAUUUUACCCAACAACAGAAGCAUAGACAAGCAGAGAGCUCAGGAUCUGUGCGGCGACUGCUAUCAGUGCCAGUACGAUUACGCGCUGACCCUGAAUCGCGACAUGGCCGUGACCACCAAGGACUUCUACGACAGCUUUACCCACAUACGCGAGACCAAUCAGCGGAUAAUCAUAUCCUGCGGCAUCCUCGAGACUCCGCGCUUCGGCAUGAAGUCCAACUUCCUGUUCGUGCCCGGUACCAAGGUGACGUUCCAGUGCAACGAGCACUUCGUGCUCAUCGGCGACGCGAGACGCAUCUGCAUGCCGGACGGUCGCUGGGACGUGCCGAUCUACGGAUACACCGAGUGUUUGCGCCAGAUCGAGUACGCGCAGCGCGUCGCCUGGAAGGCCAUCGGCAUCAUCGUGUCGAUCGGUCUGCCGGUCAGCCUCUUAGCCCUCGUCAUCUGGUUCUUGAUGAGGGGCUCCGGCUCCGAAUCGGGCAGCUACUUGGCCAGAUUACCCUGGGGCAGCUCCUACUCGUCGCAGCAACAGCAGCAGCGUCAGCAGCAGCAGCAGCAGCAAAUGCAGGACGACGCCUCGUCGCCGAGCCUGCAGCUCCAGGAGCAGAAGCAGCCGAUCCAGGAGACGGACUCGAGCAGUCCCAACAGCGAUCCGGCUGCGAAGCUCGACUCGCUGCGCCAGAGGCGACGCUACGAGGGCGUCUACAGGACCAACGAGCCGCUGCCCGGCAAGCCCGACAUCGAGUUCGAGGACAAGGAGUGGGAUCUGAAGGAGAACGACCUGCCCGCUGCGCUCAGACGGCCGGCCAGCAAUAGACCCAGCCCGGUCAAUGUGGUGGACCAGGCCAGCAUCAACAGCAGCCCCGAGAUGAGCCAAGCGGCCGCUUCGUCGGUCUCGUCGAGGAGACCGCAGCAACAGCAACGGCCAAUGGAUGCUCCAGGCCUCGGCAUUCCCGCCGCCUCGCCCUACGUUCCUGGGACCAUGGGCUUGGCGCAGUUUGCCUCUAUCAAACCUAGCGCCGUUUAGAGACCUUAUCUUACUCCUAUUACCUUAAUAAAGCAUCGUAAUUCUGCGUAGGCAUUCAAGAGAGCGGAAAAGUGCCUUAUUUACAUUAGAGCAUUUGAUACCAUGCAAAAUCAUUCGAAUCCAAGGAUUGUUUAUUACAUUUUCAUUUCAUAAGUAUGAAACCAUAUAUAGAUCUCAAAGUAUAAAUGCAUGAUAAAACGACGCUUUCAUUCACCUUUUUUUUUCAUCGUUUUUAGCGAAACAAAAAAAAUUAGAUGUAGUAGAUUUGACUUACGAUAGAUUUAUUGUACCUGUAGCUUUUAACACUUAUUCUUUGUAAAUAUUUUAUAUGAAAAAUAAAAUUUUAUAAUUUCAAACGAUA